CAGCAUAUAUAGAACUCUUCUUAAUUCACAUCAAGACACAAAAACAAAACGCAACAACGUUAUGAUGCAUCUAAAACUAACUCUUGAUGUAACAAGAAAAUCAUACCAAGCUUUUUCUUCUUCAGCAAUAUUUAUUAAACGAGAAUUCGCCUCUCGUAGCCACACCGCAGACCCUGAUAUUCAUUCAGGACAGCAGAAACCCGGUUACACUAACUACAGAAACUCACCCCAAGGUACAAGUAGAGGUGAUAGUGACACAAAUACAAAGUUUGCUGAAACAGAAAAAGAAGAAGGAAUUUUCGAGUCACCAAAAUCUCCAUAUCAAUCUUCCCCAAAACUAAGGAGCACAGGGGUGAAUGAACGAUUGGAUCCAAACAUUCAACAAAAGAGGAAACAAGGGACAAAAGCUGCUUUAGAAGAUUUGAGUUGUGCAGGUUUAGACGGAACUCCAUGGCCUGAAGAAGAAAACGACAGGACCAAAGACGAACAGAAUGAAGAUAACAAAGAAUACUACAAGCAUCACAAAGCGUCUCCAAUAUCGGAGUUUGAGUUUGCAGAUACAAGAAAGCCUGCGGAACGUGUCAUGCACGGGACUGUGGAUGCUAAACAAAAUGGAGAUGUGAUUGGUUGGUUGCCGGAACAGCUUGAAACUGCGGAGGAGACUUUGUUGAGGGCGGCUGAGAUGUGGCGGCAGAGGGCUAUGCGUGGUGACCCUGAUGCACCUCAUUCAAGGGUUCUUAGAACUCUUCGUGGUGAAGACUUUUGAAAUUUAUGAUAUAAAUGAAUGUUAUGUAAUAAUGUAUAUGCGUGGUUUCAAUCAAUAUAUAUUAUAAUAAUAGUA